UCGUCUUUCGCGGACACUUGCCAGCUUCUGCGUAAUUAGUGAAAGAAAGUUUACUGUAAAGUUUCCUCGGAGAGAAUAUUUUAAAACGUGAAACCUUAGAAAAGUGUAUUAGCUUGUGCUCCUGUUUAUUUAUUUUCUAUCAGACAUUUAAGAGGAGUUUAUCGAUUGGAGAUUUCAAGAUGUCAUGAUUGGCGAGACUGGGAUCGAGAAAACCGCAGGAUUUCAAAUCUUCCGUCAUGACCGCCAACGUCGAGGAAGACAAGACUUUUCGCAUAAACAAUCGUUUAUGCCAUUUUUCCGGUAAUGGUGCAUAUUUAGCAAUUGCGUUUCAAACGAAUCUGCUCAUAAAGGACGCAAAGACUCUCGAAACUUGUCAAUCGUUUGUAUUCACGGAUGUGAUACAGCAUAUGGAAUGGUCUCCAAAUAGCGAAUAUAUUUUAUGUGCAAAUAUAAAGAGGGCUGUCGUACAAGUAUACUCGGUGCAUUAUCCUCAAUGGAAAUGUAAACUCACCGAAGGCAGUGCAGGUUUGCAGAGUGUUGCUUGGUCUCCGGAUAGUAAAUGCAUUGUUACAAUAGCAGAUUUCAAUAUUCAAAUAUCUAUCUGGAAUUUGGAGAACCUAACUGUAUCACACAUACAAAAUUUGAAAACCUCCGCUUUCAAUAAAUUACAUUUUAAUCCAGAUGGUAAGAAACUGGCUGUGAUAGUUACAGAGGAAGGCCAGGAUAAUGUGGAGAUUUAUAGAACUGAUAAUUGGAAACUAAGCCGAAAACUCAUCUGUGAGCGUUUACAUAGCAUCGACGGGAUCCGCUGGUCACCGAACAAUGAAUUGUUAUGCAUAUGGUGUUCCUCUCCUGCCGAACCGAAGCUGCUCAUUUAUUCCACCGUGUUGGAGAAACCCGUGGUUGCGUUUACCCCAUUAGAAAUGUACAAGGAACUUAAAGGAAUCGAAAGUGUUGAAUGGAUUCCCAGUGGACAAUUAUUAGCUGUAAUUGGACUGAACGAAUUGAUCAUUCUUCUUAAUUAUAUCACAUGGAAACCAUUGUCGCAAUUAUAUUUGGAUCCUGUCAUCAGGGAAUGUAAUUACUUAACAAAAGUGUACAAGGAAUGUGCUGAUUUGGAAAAAACUUCUAAUAAACGUUUUGCUUCAUACGAGGAAUAUGUUGUACGUGAAAUACACGAAAGGCCAAUAUUUAUAGAAAUUGGAAAAAAAGAUGAUAAUGAAAAUUUCUCGAUAGCAAAAAUAAAAUUAUUUGAAUUUAGUACGUGCGGACAAUACCUGGCCCUGAAGCAUGAGCUUUAUCCUACUACAUUAUGGAUAUGGAAUAUUUGUACAGAUUAUCUUGAUUACUUAUUACUCGAAAACCCCAUUACAGCUAUCAAAUGGAAUCCUGUGCAUCCACAAUUGCUUGUGUUCUCUGAAUGUACACGUGUAUAUGAAUGGACCCAAAAGGGUAUAAAAUCCAUGCCAAUGUCUAAAAAUAUGACACGUAUAAUCGUGGAUGCAUAUUGGCAUCCAACAGGAGAAAAAAUUGCAUUGUGUGGUUAUAACAAAGCGAUGAUUUAUGAAAUUGAGAAUGCAUGUUAAUGAAUAAUAUAAUUUUUUUUAACUAUAUAAUUUUGCAGUUUCCUGUGCUGUGCUAUACAAUUUUUUGAUAUCUCUUUUAUAGGAAAACAAGUUUUUCACAAUAUAAUAUUGCAUUUUAUGAUCGUAGUCAAUGAGCAGUAAAAAUUCAUAAAGAAUAUCAAGAGUAAUCAUUACAGUGUUUAUGUAGAUCGAUCAUAAUAUUGCGUUGUAAGAGAUAUAUAGCAACAGUUUUCUCUACUCAGGAGUGUAGUUAUAAAAUACAGUCUUUAUUUUAG